UCUUGUCCAUUUGCGAGUCACCGAACCAAUGGAUUUAUCAAAGGAAAAUAAAUUCCAAUAGUGAAGCGUUUAUAAAUUCUAUUCGCUCUUAAAAUAUUUUGAAUAUUGAAUUUAAAUCAUAUCCUCAUGUUUAAAGAUUAAUAAGAACAACAUUUAUUUCAAAGAUGGUGAUGUAAAGGCAUACAAAAUAUUUUACGCAGUGUUGUGAAAAUUUUUCUGAUUAAAGUGAACGUCGAGAAAAGGAGUGCAAGGCAAAAGUAAAAGGCAGCAGACAGUUUGCUGAACAAAGUGGCGCAUAGAUUGGAAAGCCAAGCAAAAUCAAUCGACCGCCAUGGAGGAGAAACGAAUUGCUGACUAUUUUGUGGUAGCUGGUAUGCCAGAGCAUCCGCAGCUGUUGCAGGAAAAUAUUUUCAGCGAAUCGGGUCAUUUGAGAGCGGCUAAUACCAUAGAACCCAUAACUGAUAUUGGUGUAUACUUCCCGUUACUCGAUGAAGAGGUGCCUGAAGGCUACGAGGUGUUGGAGGCGACACCUACAGGACUGCCAGCGAAUCUCAACCAUGGGUCUAUGCGUACCACGGAAUGUUAUAUUUACUAUAGACGGGGUAAAGAUCGACCGCCUUUAGUGGAUAUAGGUGUACUGUACGAUGGUCAUGAACGUAUAAUGUCCGAUGCUGAAAUUGUCGCAGAGACGCCUGGUGGCCGCGUAGCAAAUGUUAACAAUUCUUCAUCGAAAAUAUUUCUUACAUACCGACGAGCACGACCGGACAUGCCCUGCAACGAAUUAGUGGUCACAGAUUUGUGUGUGAUCGUACAAAGCAAAGGAGAAAAACCACCACAUGCAUUUUGCCUUAUCUACAAAACCCUCAAUAAGGGUUACAUGGGCAGCGAUGUCUAUUUAUGCUACAAAAAAUCUAUGUACCGUCCAAGAUUAAUCAGUUAUCAGCCGGAAAUAUUAUUGCGGUAUCCAACAGUCGAUCACAAUGAUUUUCCCUUAAAUUUAUGUCCAAGUGUACCCCUAUUUUGUUUGCCGAUGGGCGCAUCCUUAGAGGCUUGGCCUCACGUGAGCGAAGGAGAGAAACGUAAACCCAUCAGUCCGGUGUUCAGUACGUUUGUACUGACGGUCAAUGAUGGCACGUACAAAGUCUAUGGUUCCGCCUUAACAUUCUAUGAGGAUUUUGAGGAAGAAGCAUUGACUGAGAAGCAGCGUGACCUGUUGGGAUGGAAUGAAGCAUUUGCUAAGCAAAAUUCAUUGCAUAUAAUUAAAUCUAUUUGCCUUUUGUCACAUUACCCAUUCGGGGAUACUUUCGACAGAUGGCUGCGUUACUUACAUCGCCUAGCAGUGUAUGGUGUAGAUUUACCAGUAGCCAUCGAACGUUAUAUAACACAAUUGCUGGACGAAGUACCAUUUCCAGCACCUAGCAUACACUUACAACUCUCCAGCGAGUCCAAUGACCGCAUUCUGCUUACGCAACCGGAAGACUCGCCUCUGCCACGUAGCGGUGCGGGUUUUCAUAUGUUGCUACAGAAUUUAGGAACUGAUAACUGUUUGCAUGUCUUGUUGCUGGCGUUAACGGAGCAAAAAAUUUUGAUACACUCAUUACGACCGGCGACAUUAACUGCAGUGGGUGAAGCUAUUGUAUCGCUGUUAUUUCCAUUCAAAUGGCAAUGCCCGUACAUUCCACUAUGCCCGCUGGGUUUGGCGGAAGUCUUGCAUGCGCCGUUGCCCUAUUUGAUUGGCGUCGAUUCAAGGUUUUUUGAUUUGUAUGAACCACCGCAAGAUGUAACUUGCAUCGACUUAGAUACGAACACAAUCAGCUUGUGUGAAUCACAGAAGCAUUUAACUAUAAAACUUUUGCCUAAACGUGCUGCACGUAUUUUGCGUCAAAGCCUCAACGAAUUGGAAGCUCUCAAAACGACACACAUCGAAUCAACUAACAGCCUUGAUAGGGAUUUAAGAAAGCGAAAGCGUGAGCAAGAUCUCGAACAACGAAUUCAAGAGGCCUUUCUGCUGUUCAUGGCAUCGAUUUUACGCGGCUAUCGCGACUAUUUGACGCCGAUAUCGAAGGCGCCCUCUGUCGGUGCCACAGAUCCAAGUGCCUUAUUUCAACUGAAGGCGUUCUUGCGAUCACGCGAUAAGGCGCAUCAAAAGUUCUUUGAACUUCUCAUGAAAACUCAGAUGUUUAUACGUUUCAUUGAAGAACGUUCUUUCGUAUCGGAUGGCGAUCAUGGACUUACAUUUUUCGAUGAAUGCGCCGAAAAGGUGGGCGCAUACGAUGAUACACCGUCCGACUUGCGUUUAGUUGACUGGGAAUCUGGGCAGAAUAGCGAACGUACAAAGUACAUAUUUCCACCAGACAGUGUAGGACCCAAACAAGAUAACUCCGGGUUCGUUUACAACUAUGCGAACUUCACGCUGAAUCCGGGUCUAUUGAAAUCGUCGAAGAAGACUGCGUUAUCGCACUUUUUGCAGCAACAGUUAAACGGCUCGUUGGCGCCGGGUUCGCCUAUAGCACGCCGCACAAAACACGAAAUUAAGCUCUCGCAGAAAAUGGCACGACGUUGUCAGAUGCACCCAGAGGCGUGGUCAAAAUAUCUGCUGGCGACAUGCUAUUCUCUCUACUUCCUCAUACUCCCGUCCAUGGUGACCGAUACGCGCCAGGCGGGCAAAGAGCACGACAUUUUGCGUGCAGCCUACGACAUGUUGGUGCGCGCCUCAAAACUUAAAAUAACCUGUGAUGAAUUUUGCUACCGUAUCAUGAUGCAAUUGUGUGGCAUACAUAAUCUCCCCGUAUUGGCGGUGCGUCUACACUAUCUGAUGAAGCGCUCGGGUGUACAACCCAAUGCGCUAACCUACGGCUUCUACAAUCGUUGCGUGCUCGAGUCGGAAUGGCCCAGUGAUAGUACAACGCUUAGCCAACUACGUUGGAAUCGCAUUAAAAACGUCGUACUUGGCGCGGCGCAUUUUCGACGCGCUGGCAAGAAGCAUGCAGCUAAGAAACCACUUUCGGCAUCAUGCGAAAAUAACCUCAGUACAUUAGAAACAGUUGACGGCACAUCACGUACCAGCCUUGAUUCUUCAACGUCUUCGCAUAUGGAACGGGGUGCUGGCGAUUCUCACGCGUACAGCGCCACACUGCUAGACUUCUCGGCAUUCGAUAAACUGCGAGGCAAAUUAGGUAGCAUUGUGCGCCAAUCGGCGCUGGCAAUGAGUGCACAGGACCCAGCUGGUGAUGUGAUCAGCUCGACAGCGGGACUAUUGAUAGCAGGUGACAUCAAGUCCAGUGGGGCCAUCGAAAAAUCAGGCAAUGACAAAAGUGCGCCACCUACUUCCACAUCGUCGCCGCACACACCGAACAGUCCGCACAGCCCCAAUUGUGAUCUAACCGGGGUUGGCGCUAGCGGCAAGCUACAAUUGACGAAGGCCGAGAGUUUCGGUGGUGAUGCACAGCUGCUGAACAAAUUGCAACGCAAGCAGUCGCUGCCCACCGAGGCAAGUGGGCCACGUUAUAAAAUAAUGAAUAUUGGUGAUGGCGAGGAAGAUGUAGCCGAUGAAGAGGAGGGCCUGAAGGAAGAUGAAAUGCUGCAUGAAAUUGCCAGCUCUCAGGAAGAGUUGGACUAUGCGACGACGGCUGACGCACAUAUGAGCGGUGAAGAUGCGCACGCAAAUCUUCUACAGAGUCCCACAAAAAUAUCACCACGUACGCCGGUCACUCAAAAUGAUCCGCUAGGCGCGUUAAAUGAAGAACUGAAAGGUCAAUGUGCGGCUGCAAACACCAAAAGCACCAAAGAGGCAACAAACGAACAACACGCCGGCAUGAAUAACAGCACUAUGUAUACCGAUAAGCCCAUAUUAUUCAAAGGUCAACGCAGUGCGACCUUCGACGAAUCGACGCAUUUGAGCAAAAGUAUGCAGCGAUCGGAGACAAUGCCUGGUUCAAGUGUGGCGUCGAGUUUGGCCAAUUUCGGUUCAUCGUUGAAAUUCAAUUUCGGACGUUAUUCACCUGCACGAUUCUCAUUUAAGAAAGACAGUUUCAAGCCCACCAUUAUUAUAGAAAAUAUUUCCAAUAUAAGUCCCAGUUUAACGGGUAAAAAAUCGAAUGAGAUCAUUCAAGGUAGCCUGAGCAGCAUAAAAUAUGCUGCCACUUCGUUAACCCGAAAAUUCGAUGAGAUUAAAGGUGCGCUCUCGGCCCAAACGACACCGGUCAAAACGCCUGGCAACGUUGGACAUUCCGAGGGUGCUGAUGAGGAUGUGAUUACACACGAGGAUGGCACGUUGAAAAUACGUCGCGUCUCCAGCGAUUUGGAUCCUUGGGGACGGCUGAGUGAAUCGCGCAAAUCAAGCUAUAAUAAUUUGGUGCCGUUGGGCGAAAAUACGUCGGCGUUAAAUUUGAGCGCAUUUCCAGUGCUACCGGAAAAUUUGUACUCACCCAUUGCGGAUUUAGAAGAGCGACCCGAAUGUGACGUACUCAUACAAAUCACAUCCUGUUCCCAAUGCCACAACUGUUCGGUGCUGCUGUAUGACGAGGAGAUUAUGUCCGGUUGGUCAGCAGAGGAUUCCAAUUUGAAUACAACCUGCCACGCAUGUAAUAAGUUAACCGUGCCAUUCCUGAGCGUACAAAUUGUUGUGGACGAUUCCCUGAAGGCGCUCAAACAAUCAGACAGCCUGACAAUUCCAUAUUUGAAUCCAUUGGUCUUACGCAAAGAACUCGAAAACAUACUUACACAGGAAGGUGAUAUCGCACUGGUGAAGUCCUCCUUUGUAGAGGAGCAUCCGAUUAUUUAUUGGAAUUUAUUGUGGAUUAUGGAGCGUAUCGAGAGUAAAACGCAUCUGCCUGAGCUUUGUCUGCCAGUAGCUGCUGACGAGGAAUGCGAUCCGCUAAGUAAAGUAAAGACUGUAAGCAUCCAAUGUCUGUGGGAUAAUUUACGACUACACAGCGAAGCCGGUCCGCCCAUGUAUAUAUUAUACAAGCAAAACCAGCCAGCCAGUCCGUUACUGAAAGCACUGCUCACCGACCAGGCGCAUUUGAACAAAAACGUCAUUCAGCAAAUCAUUUCGGCAAUACGCUGCAAUGAUCUCUUAACGCCAGUCAAGCGAUUAGCAAAUGAGCGACACAAAUUGAAAAAUAACGGCGUUGAUCGAACACACUCCAUCUAUCGUGAUAUACUCUUUUUGGCGCUCACCGCCAUCGGCCGUUCCAAUGUCGAUUUGGCCACAUUCCAUCGCGAAUAUGCCUCGGUAUUUGACAAGCUGACCGAAAAGGAAUGCAAUAUGUUCUAUCGCAAUCAGGAUUUGCCACCUUCGGCGGCAACAAUUUUCUGCCGAGCUUACUUCAAGCCGCUAUUGCUUCCUUGACGUGAUAUCAACUAUCUGCGGCAUGACUUUCACAUCAAUACGAAGGCAAAUACGAAUGCAAAUGACGAAGGUAUUGUGGCGGAUGCGUUAAGUGAUGUUGUAGAUACUACGUAAUUCAUAAUCAUAUUACAUUUUGUUUUCUUUUCUGUUAUUUUUUUUUUCUUUGGUAGUCGGACGAAUGUAAUGUGAAGGUGUAAUAUCAGUAGAAAUAAUGAGAAAUCGUUAGUAGGGGUAAUCACACACUCAUUUCGUUGCUUUGUCGGUUCGGCAAAUGUGUUUUGCUGUGAACGGCCUCUUUGACUUAUUUUUGCUAGUUUGGUAAUGCUCUUGCGCACCAGCUGAUUUAUAGCAAAUUCACUAUAUGUAUACAAGGUGGCGCAAAAUCAAAUCAGCCUAUUUUGUUUUUGAAUAACUUUUUUACUAAAUAAAAGAAAUGAUGUUAAGUGAUUUUUUUUUAUUUAUUUUUUUUCCACAAAACGCCACCACCGUUUGUGAGUUCAAACUGUGUGUUGACGUAAAACUGUACUGUACUACCGUUAUUACGACAGCUUCUAAUUUUUUAGGAUUUCUAUCGUCUUGUUUUUUAAAUUAUGUUGAAUCAUUUUUGUUUUGAAUCGACAUUUUUAUCAAGGGUUUUCCAAUAACAGGUGUUAGGUGUUAAACAGAAGAGAUGAUUAACGAUUUUUUAUGGCCGGAAUUGGAUGGUAUUGAUCUGGACAACGUUUAUUUUCAACAAGACGGCGCUCUGCGCCACACAAGCAAUGAAACCAUUGAUCUUUUACGGGAAAAGUUUCCGGACCGUGUUAUCUCUCGAAGAGGUGAUCACAAUUGUCCACCGAGAUCUUGUGAUUUAACGCCUUGUGACUUUUUUCUUUGGAGCCACGUGACGGAGAAGGUCUACGCCAACAGCCCAGGGUCGAUUCAAGACCUCAAAGAUGGAAUUCGAGCGGCUAUCGAGGACAUGGGGCAACCACUUUGCAAUUCGGUUAUGGAAAAUUUCAUGAAAAGGAUAUUGUCCUGUAAGCGUGGUCGUGGUGGUCAGUUAACUGAUGUUAUUUUUCACUAUUAACGGCAUACCUUCCUCUUUAUAAUUUAAUAAACAUCCGAUUAUUUAUAUUAAAAAAUAGCAUUUUUCUUUGAAUAUCAAAAUAACACCUCUUAUUGGAAAACCCUUUAUUUCAUUUAGUGCAUUUCGUUUUCAUUUGUUAAUUAGAUUCCGUUUGAUUUUGCGUAUGUUUUUAUGUUGUCUUGGAGGUAUAUCAAUUUCAGCGGAACUUUCUUGUUAUUUUCGUUUUCUUCUUAAUUCGUUCCAGUUUCUUUAAAUAGAUUGGCUUGUAUUUAUAUGCAGUUGUUUAUUUUUAUUGUACUCGAUAGGUCUACGCGACCUUCUAAUUUGAGCUCCAUUGCUUGUCCGUUUGAAUACAGCAGCUGUCUAAUUCACAAGUGUCAAAAAUGACUGACGUACGACGUUAUUUGCCAAAAUUAUAAAUUUUCCAAAAAGGUGUUUAAUUUUGCGCCAUCUUUUGCCUAGUAACGUGAAACCGAAAAUUAUUAAUCAAUUAAUAGAAAGUUGCAAGUUACUCUGAUUGAAGGCAAAGACAUUUGUAUAUCUCAAUUAAUUGUAUAAAUUUCGAAUUAUACCUACAAAAUUUUGACUGAAAAAAUUAUUUUCACUUACUUUUUCCCCUACAUUUUUUGAUAUUUUGCAAUUGAACUUCACGCCUGACCACCAAAUGCCAGUUGUCAAACAGCUGAUCGUUAUCGAGUUAGUCACAGCAGCGCUUCGUUACUUGGCGCUUAGAUGUUUUAGUUGUUUUUACUAAAACAAAAAUACGUUAAACUGCUAAGUAACGAAUCCACGAAUAAGGUGUGAAGACCCCUAAAGUAAUAGACAGGCGCUAUGAAGUGAUAAGUUUUUGGGAAGUUAAAUCGAGGACGAGAUUCGUAUAGAUAUUUCAGGCUUAUGUUUGUGUGCAUGGGUGUGUGUGUGUGUGUAUGUGUGACGUCUUACAAAUUCAGAAAUAAAAAUAAACUUUUUGUUUGUACUUUAAACGCGCAAGUUCAAUUUAAGCUCAGUUUCUAUUAUAACUGUAUGCCACAUAUACAUAUGCAUACGUAGACGUGCGAGUAUGUGUGUCAUCAGAAUGACAUUGAUUCAAAUAGUUUCUGGAACGUUUACGGCUUUAUUCGUACCAAUAUUCAUAAAUGCAGCAACGCACGGAAGUUAUCCAGGGUAUAGAGUCAAUUAACGGAAUAUAUCGCACUUGGAGGAGCAAUCUGUUGUUUGUUACCUCUUGGGCCACUGCCAAUUCAAGGAAGCUCGAAAAAAGCACUUGAGUUUAUUUUACUCAGAAACUUUGUAGAAGUGAAUGUAUAGAUAUUUUCCCAUGGUUCCUAGGUUGGAACAUAGGACCUCAACAAAUGGAUUAUAAUUUGAUUUAUUUGAAGCUAGGCAUUUUAUUUGUUUCCACGAAUAGCCCGUUUUCUGCGCUUCUGCAUCCACCUGUAGCCUCCAGAUAUUGACUGGUCUUCCGUGCCUGCGAGUCCCUUGCGGAUUCUAACCCAACACAACUCUUGCGAUGUCGUCCAAGGGUUUAGGCGGUUUGGUUUAUGGCCGAUCCCUUUCCAUUUGUGACGUCGUACUUCGAGGAGGAUGAGUAUUUGUUUAGUGAUAUUGAAUUUUGAAAAGGUCGAGUCAAGGAGCACCAGGAGAUUUUGUGGCUCCUAAAACACUCAGGCUAAAAAGCCCAUUAUAUUUAAAGCUCUGGAAAGAGGGCAGGUAGUCAAGGAGGGAAGGAGAAAAGUAUCAGAGAAAGAAUAGAGACAGAGAUAGAGAUAGUUAGUCCUGUGAGAAUUUUUCAGAUUCUUUGGCAAAUCUGUAAAUAUCCUCCAGUUUUAGAGAACGAAUAUUACUCAUUCGCAUGACUUUGGACCCCAAAAUUCGUAGCCUUGCUCCAGCAAAGGCAGGACACUCACAGAGAAAGUGUUCAGUGCUAUCCGCCUCCUCCAAGCAAGACAGGCACAUUGGGUGCUCAAUGAUUCCAAUGGUGGUUCUAUGCUGACCCCACGAGUUGUGCCCUGUGAUAAUACCGACCAACAAUCGAACAUCUUUCCUUCUAAGUUUUAGUAGAAAGUUUGACAGUUUUCUGUUCGGACUUUUCACAAAACACUUUGUAGUUCUGCAGCGUUAUAGACCGGCCCGUCGCUCUUUAUGUACAUUGCCUACAUAAUCGCUGAUCCAAUUCAUGAUUCCUGCGGAACUGAUUCCGAUUAUUGGCUCUGGCCCUCGUGGGAAAACCGCUGAUCCACAGUUGGCCAAUUCAUCGGCAAUUUCGUUUCCUUGAACACCGAAUUGUCCUGGAACCCAUAUAAGUACAAGCCUGUUUUGUCUUGCGACAGAAUUAAGCUUCUUCUUACAUUCUUGAACAAUCCUUGAGGUUUGCUUCGCAUUCUCCAGGGCCUUCAGUGCAGCCUGACUGUCACUGAAAACUCCAAUCUGUUUCCCACUCCAUCUCCUCUCGAUUAUCCAUUCGGCUACUUUUAGGAUUGCAAAAACUUCUGUUUGGAAAACAGUUGCCAUUCCCCCCAUAGCGUAGUGAUACUUAUUACUAUCGUUUAACUACCAUCUGGCUCCAGACCCUAUUUCAUUCUUGGACUCAUCGGUAAAAAAAUAUCCAUCUAACCUCCCUGAAUGCAUUCUGGAAUCUGACAUCAAAUUUCCUUUCAAAUGAAACUGUGGGUAUAAGGUCGUCUUUAGGUGCCAAACACAGUGGAUACUGCUCAGAUAUCAUUUGCUUAGUACUAGCCCAUAUGUCAGUGUUACUUAUGGUUUUAGGCCAGAAUAUCUGCAUGACUUUGCGUGAACAACAAUUAACACACAAAAAACAAGUGCAUACAACGGAAGAAAAAAAUACCCAGACGGUAAUUGUGUAGACUCUUCUUAAUUUACGCAUUUUACUAUAAUUUUAUUAUUAUUUAUCUUUGUUAUACUUUAUUUGGUUUCUUUGCGCAGCCAGCUGUUACCUGAAGAGUUUUGCCAACACCUCGCGUGGCCAAUAUUUUGGAAUUUCUAGUGUUUUUUUAUCACUAAAAUGUAAUUUCCACUUUUGUUUGUUAGUAUCUUUUGAUUUGUUUUUUUUUUUAUCAGAACAAUAGAAUUUUUAUUUUUGAUUUGACUAAUAUGUGGUUCCAAGGUUAAUGGUCCCAAGAUCUUUCAACAAUUUCCUUUUGACUAAGAAUUUGGGUUACUUAAUUUUUAUUUGAUCUGAAUUUAUUAGGAUGCGAUAGUGCUGUUGCCGCCUAGGUUGCCAGUGUUGUGAUGUUUGUAAAACUAAAGUCGUAUACAGGCACAUUGUUGAGCUAGAAUAAGCUGGAAUUAUUAAUUAUUAAGUUUCCAAGCCAAUAACGUCUCCUGGAUUCAAAAAAGUUCACCAAUUAGAUCUAACAUUAAAAUCCCCCAGAGUCAGGACAUUUUGGAAUAUUUAUUUCUAAGGCUUCAAACAGUUGAAAUAUUGCCCCUUGAAGGCUGCUACAUUCACGGGCGGCUCAAAGUAGGCAGUGAGUUAUACUUUUGAACGGUACAUACAGUGACGGUCAAAAUGAUAGCAGUGCGACAUAUUGCACAGUUUUGCUUAUUAAUUUAAGUUUUUUCCGUCAAAUUUCAAACUGUUAGAAUAUUUAUUAGAAUCCUGUGCAAGUCUCAAGUGGCUCAAAAUUCGUGUUGAUUUUUGAUAAUUUUUUUGUGUUGGAGGCUUAGUGAGAAAUUUUAGGCCUGCCUCGGCAGGCAAUGGCAAACCUCCGAGUGUAUUUCUGCCAUGGAAAAGUUUAUCAUAAAAAGAAAACCAGCCGCACUAUGUGCGCAUAUUUGAAGUGAAACUUCUUAAUUUCCGGAUUCAAUUUAAAUAUUUUAAUGAGGAUUGAAAUGAUGUUUUAUAAAAUUACAUACAAUAAUAGUGGGCAAUAUUAUUAUUCAUUUAUUUCUGAAAUUUAGUACAUUAGUCGGUGUUUCAACAGCCUGUACCUUUUGUAUUAAUGGUUCAAUAGCAGCAGUGGAUACAAUCGGUUUGUGGUAACUGAAACCAAAUCUGGGGACUGUGCAGGCCACUCCAUUACAUUGAUACGAGUUAUCGUUGAACCAUUUUUUUGCUAUUUUGUUGGUGUGUUUGGGGUCAUUGUCUUGCUGGAAGAUCCACACCAGCGGCAUUUCAUAAGAAGCAUAUGGCAGCAUAAUUUCAUCAAGGAUUUUUACAUAAACCGAUGAAUCCAUAACGGUUUUGAUCCACUAUAUAUGACCCACACCUUGAAGCGAGAAGCAACCCCAUACCAUAAUACUAUGACCUCCAUGUUUGAUAGUUUUUGCUGUGAAUUGUGGCUUGUAUUCGCUGUUAGGUGGCCUACGGAUAAAACAUCUGGAACAAUUUCCACCAAAAAGAACAAUUUUGAAUUCGUCAGUCCAUAGCACAUUUCUCCACUUUUCCUUUGGCCAAUUUAGAUGUGCUUUAGCAAAAGAAAUCCGUUUAGCAACAUGCUUAGAGGAAAGGAGCGGCUCUUUUCGAAGACUACAGGCAUUGAGCCUGUUGUCUCGAAGUCUGCGGCGAAUAGUUUCCACGUUUGCCGGCACAUCCAAUGUUUUUUUUGAGCUCUCUAGCUAUCAUAAAGGGAUUUGCUUUAGUCGUCCGUACUAACCGUUUUACUAUUAAGGGUGACAGGGUCAUUGGAACAGCCCAGCAAUUCCUUUAUUUGAGAAUACGAUUUACCCUCGGACACAACAUUUUUUAUUAGUCCUCGUUUUUCAGGGGAACAAUGCUUUCCUGAUUCACCUGAUUCACAGAUACGAAAUUUGACAACAAAUGCACACACUCUGAGAUAGCAUAACAAAUGUAACUGUUUUUUACACUCCAAAAAAUAAUAUAGUAAAUAGGUGAAAUUUUUACAUCUUUCGAAUCAGAAUAUUGCAACUGGUGAUAUUAUAUUGACCGGCACGUAUGUAUAUAUAUAUAUUAUAUACAUGUGCAUGUAAGUAGCUGACUACAACUUUUUAUUAUGAGUACGAGUACACCGGCUUCGAUUGACUCACCACAACACGUCGUCGCCGUUGGUCCUACUUUAACCACGCACGUACACAAAUGCAUUCGUAUCGCCAGCCAAUCAAACAAGCAAGCGGUCGACAACAGAGUGAUGAGACUACGAAGCACCGCACAAAGCGGAGAAAGAGAAUAGCUUGUAUGCCGUAGGCUUAUACAUUUCGUGACGGUUUUUCGUAACGCUAGCUCGUGUGUCGCGGUCUUGAAAUUAUUCUCGCGUAAAGAAGUUUCACUUCAAAAACUAUUUGUCGUUCGAAGUCGACUUUAAACUGUAGGUCUCUCCAAUUGUGAAAUAACAUCAAGAUGCACUUGACAAAUAGGAAAAGGAGCUCAGCCAAACACCUAAGAAAAGUGUACGCGCCAAUUAUUUAUUUGAUUUAUUUAAUGAAACUUAGUGGAGGUGCGCUAGGGAGUGGUUCGUGAACAACCUUUGUAACGCCCAAUAAUUCGGAAAUAAUAGUUUUGCAAUUAUUUGCGUUCAAAGUGCCUUAUAGUUUGGCAGAUUAUAAUAUUUUUUCUUUUAAACUUCACU